UUAUUUUAUAAAAUUCAAGCAGCAUGAGUAUGAAAGACCUUCAUUCAUUGAAAAAAAGUAUUGUUCAUUUCUCUCUGAGAGAAGAAGACUCAAGAGAGGUGAAGAAAUGGCAGGUGGAUCUUUUGCAACAGAUUCUGUGGCUAAGGAGAGGGCACAACAAUAUAAGGGACGGGUCACACUUUAUGUCAUCAUAACAUGCAUUGUUGCUGCCACUGGAGGCUCUCUCUUUGGCUAUGAUAUUGGAAUUUCAGGAGGAGUUACUUCUAUGGAUGACUUUCUUCAGAAAUUCUUCCCUGAUGUAUACAAGCAGAAAAUGCACGCACACGAAAACAACUACUGCAAGUUUAACAGUCAGGCGCUUGCUGCAUUUACCUCUUCUCUGUACAUUGCUGGUUUAGUUGCAUCCUUGAUAGCAUCUCCGGUUACUAGGAAGUAUGGACGCCGUAUGAGUAUCAUUUGUGGCGGUAUGAGCUUUCUCAUUGGAUCAGCUUUAAAUGCUGCAGCUGCUAAUCUGGUAAUGCUUAUCAUAGGCCGGAUUAUGCUCGGUGUUGGCAUUGGAUUUGGAAAUCAGGCUGUUCCACUUUAUUUGUCAGAGAUGGCGCCAACCCAUCUUCGAGGAGGCCUUAACAUGAUGUUUCAAGUAGCAACCACUUUUGGGAUUUUCACAGCCAAUAUGGUCAAUUAUGGAACACAGAAUAUUAAACCAUGGGGGUGGAGGCUAUCUCUCGGCCUGGCUGCAGUACCAGCACUUUUGAUGACUGGGGGAGGUAUAUGUCUUCCUGACACUCCAAACAGCUUAGUAAAUAGAGGAUUGACAGAAAAAGCAAGGAAGCUACUUGAAAAGAUCAGAGGAACAGAUGAUGUUGAUGCAGAGUUCCAAGAUAUGGUCGAUGCUAGCGAGUUGGCGAGCUCAAUAAAGCACCCCUUCAGGAACAUCCUUGAAAAGAGAUACAGGCCAGAGUUGGUAAUGGCAAUCUUCAUGCCUACAUUCCAGAUCCUAACUGGCAUUAACUCCAUUCUAUUUUAUGCUCCAGUGCUAUUUCAAACCAUGGGGUUUGGCAGAGCAGCAUCUCUCUACUCCUCAGCCUUGACAGGAGGAGUUCUUGCUUCUUCAACAUUCAUAUCAAUAGCAACAGUGGAUAGACUUGGGAGGAGACCCCUACUCAUCAGUGGUGGAAUACAAAUGAUUACAUGUCAGGUUAUAGUUGCCAUAAUCUUGGGGGUCAAGUUUGGAGACAACAGAGAACUGUCCAAAGGCUUCUCAAUAUUAGUUGUAGUUGUGAUCUGCUUGUUUGUUCUGGCAUUCGGAUGGUCAUGGGGCCCGCUUGGGUGGACAGUCCCAAGCGAGAUAUUUCCAUUGGAGAUCCGAUCAGCAGGGCAGAGCAUCACAGUUUCUGUGAACCUUCUCUUCACAUUCAUAAUUGCUCAGGCAUUUCUGUCCCUCCUCUGUUCAUUCAAGUUCGGGAUCUUCCUGUUCUUUGCUGGCUGGAUUACCAUUAUGACCUUAUUCGUCUCUGUGUUCCUACCUGAAACCAAGGGCAUCCCCAUUGAAGAGAUGACAUUCAUGUGGAGAAGACACUGGUUCUGGAAAAGGGUCCUGCCUGCUGCAGCGUAAAUAUGACCAUUUCUUUCAAACCAACAAAGCUUACUAUUUACAGUGAUGUAAACAAGUAAAGCGCAAAACUAGAGCGCUAUUUAGUUGAACAAAAAAGGCGAAAUCGCGAAGUGGUAGAUUAGUGAAAA